CAGGCGCGCCGGCUGCUCUCUUUUCUGCUCUUCCUUCUCUUUCUCUCUAGACGUCAGGCCGUCGGGUCCUAUGUCGCGCCGGGCCCUCCGGAGGCUGAGGGGGGAACAGCGCGGCCAGGAGCCCCUCGAGCCCGGCGCCCUGCAGUUUGUCCUCCGUGAUGAUGAUGACGCAGAAGAAGAAGGACCAAAACGGGGUCCGGGAGGCCGGCGCCCCGGGGGCUCAGGGAAGGAGGGUGUCCAAGUCAACAACCGGUUCGAGCUGAUAAACGUCGAGGAUCUUGAGGACGACCCGGUAGUGAACGGAGAGAAGUCUGAUUGUGUGUUAACAGAUGCUGCAGUGUCAGGGAACAAAGGAAGGAUUCAGCGUGGAAACCCAGAGACCAAGCGGGAAGGAAAUGUGGCCAAGGCUGCACCUCUGGAGCAGUCUAAUGCAAGUGGAAAACUCCGGAAGAAGAAAAAGAAGCAGAAAAAUAAGAAAAACAGUACAGGAGAAGCCUCGGAAAGUGGGAUGGAGGAUAUCGACCGCAUCUUGGAGAGGAUUGAGGAUGGCAGUGGGCUCAGCCGCCCGGGUCCCCCCCCACUGAGCUCCAGGAAGCAUGUCCUGUAUGUGGAGCACAGACACUUGAAUCCAGACACAGAACUGAAAAGGUAUUUUGGUGCUCGAGCGGUCCUGGGGGAGCAAAGGCCGCGACAGAGGCAGCGUGUAUACCCCAAGUGCACGUGGCUGACGACCCCCAAGAGCACCUGGCCGCGGUACAGCAAGCCAGGUCUGUCUAUGCGGCUGUUGGAAUCAAAAAAAGGCCUUUCCUUCUUUGCGUUUGAACACAGUGAGGAGUACCAGCAGGCACAGCACAAGUUCCUGGUGGCCGUGGAGUCCAUGGAGCCAAACAACAUUGUGGUUCUGCUCCAAACAAGCCCCUACCAUGUGGACUCACUCCUGCAGCUCAGUGAUGCCUGCCGCUUUCAAGAGGAUCAGGAGAUGGCACGAGACCUCAUAGAGCGAGCGCUGUACAGCAUGGAGUGUGCCUUCCACCCCCUGUUCAGUCUCACCAGUGGGACAUGCCGGCUGGACUACCGCAGGCCCGAGAACAGGAGCUUCUACCUGGCCCUCUACAAGCAGAUGAGCUUCCUGGAGAAGCGUGGCUGCCCGCGCACCGCACUGGAGUUCUGCAAGCUCAUCCUGAGCCUUGAGCCAGACGAGGACCCGCUGUGCAUGCUGCUGCUUGUCGACCACCUGUCCUUGCGGGCCCGGAACUAUGAGUACUUGAUCCGCCUCUUCCAGGAGUGGGAGGCUCAUCGGAACCUGUCGCAGCUCCCAAAUUUUGCCUUCUCGGUUCCAUUGGCAUACUUCCUGUUGAGUCAGCAGACAGACCUCCCCCAGCAUGAGCUCAGCUCUGCCAGAGAGAAGGCCUCCCUCUUGAUCCGGCAGGCACUCACCAUGUUCCCUGGAGUCCUCAUGCCCUUGCUCGAGUACUGUAGUGUGCGGCCCGAUGCCUCCGUCUCCAGUCACCGCUUCUUUGGACCAGAUGCUGAGAUAAGCCAGCCCCCUGCCCUGACCCAGCUGGUGAGUCUGUACCUCGGGAGGUCGCACUUCCUCUGGAAAGAGCCUGCCACCAUGAGCUGGCUGGAGGAAAAUGUCCGUGAGGUGCUUCAGGCAGUGGACGCUGGGGACCCUGCUGUGGAGGCUUGUGAGAACAGGCGGAAGAUGCUCUACCAGCGUGCACCCAGAAACAUCCAUCGCCAUGUGAUCCUCUCGGAGAUCAGGGAGGCUGUUGCUGCGCUUCCCCCGGAUGUGACCACACAGUCUGUGAUGGGGUUUGACCCUCUGCCUCCCCUGGACACCAUCUACUCCUACGUCAGACCAGAGAGGUUAAGUCCUGUCAGCCAUGGAAACACGGUUGCCCUCUUCUUCCGGUCACUGUUGCCAAAUUACACUGUAGAGGGGGAGAGGCCAGAGGAAGGAGUGCCUGGGGGUCUGAACCACAACCAAGGCUUGAACCGGUUGAUGCUGGCCGUGCGAGACAUGAUGGCCAACUUCCACUUCAACGACCUGGAGGCGCCGCGGGAGGACAACCCCGAGGGGGAGGGGGACUGGGACUGAGCCACUUAGGCUGCUGCGCCCAGCGCUGUGCAAUUAUGUUCCUGAUUCUGUUCUGGUCUGGAUUGACCAGUCCCCUGAAGUAGAAGUGCUGAAUGUGCCGUC